UGCGACAACUGCUCACUCACUGCUACUGGUAGACCAAGCAAAGACUAUAUGAAAUCUUUAUAAAAUCAAUAUUCAGUCUUGCGAUUAAAUUGAGUGCUAGAAAAUGUUACGGAUUUCCCCUAUACUAGUCAUUGUACUAUUGGGCUUAUUGGCAAACGACACUGUUUCGGCGGCUAAAAGUGUCAACGAUAAAAGCCAUCAUGUAACCUUUGGUGCCCAAGGGCCAAGAGAAGUGCAUUUGGGACGGUUUACGGCAAUGGAGAAAUUUAAACCCAUGCAAAUAGUGGAAGGGAAAUUCAUUUACAGUGUAAAGCCCAAUGAUUUACACUAUGACCGCACCAUUACCCGCAUUGUAGUCACCGAUCAAUAUGACAAUGGCAACGGAGGCUAUGCCACCCUUAAGGAUGGGGGUCCCAGCACUAACUAUGCGGUCAUUCAGUUCAAAUCUCAACGCAAUCAUGGCUAUAAUUUUAUUAUUGACAUAUAUGGCAUAUAAAUAUUUGAAAUUGAUUUCGCCAAAAAGCCAAACGAUAACAAAAAAUGUUAGGAUUAAAAAAAAAAAAUAUUAAAUAUAUUUAAUUAAACAUUUUUUCUAUGCAUUA